AAUUCGUAACAUCGGAACACACGAAAAAUAUUAAAUUCAUUUAAUCGUCGGAUUACUGGCACUGUAAGAAAAAACAAUUUAGCAAUUUUUAGUGUAAAUUUCGUUGGAAAGGUUGUCGAGAAUCUCCCUGGUGAAGAUUUCACAACAUCACUUGUUAAAAAUUUUUGAGAAAGUGCGAAAGUGAUUUAUUCUAAACAUUUUAAAAAGUGAAGCAAUACGCAAUGAGUUCUGAAAAUGAAAUUGAUGGCGACAGUGACUCCCAUCAGAAAAAGCACAAAAAAGUAAAAAAGAGAAAAAUGCGAAGGACACAUGAAAAACUCAAUACGGAAAGUAAAAGCAACAGCUUACGCCGCAAUUCGACGUCCAGUUGCCACACUGCUGGCGAAGAAGGGAAAUCUAGCCAAAAGGCAAAUAAGGGUGCAUCGAACAUAGUAGAAUACUCAGAUGUCAGUUCGACCGAUUUCUCUGAUCCAGAGGCAGGUGAAAUUGAUUCGGACAAAUCACUGAUCAUGUGUGAAGGAUCUGGUGGUGGUGCCAUUGGUAAAAAACGGCAAAAUGAGAGCACUGGAAAAGUAACUAGGUUACCUUCGCAAAGGCCAGAUUUACGAUCAGAUGUUAACAUAAGCAGCGAUGAAGAAAGCUACAGGAACAAAAGGAAGGAGAGUUUUGAAAGCUUGUCAAAACUUUCACCAAACCAUGUGCGAAGAAUUAUUCUCGGAUCUCCGAUUAACACCGCGACUAAAAUAAGUGUUUGUGAACAGCAUAAUUCAACCAAGGAGCUCGAGAAAAACGAAAAACAAAUCGACCUCUGUGAAAUAAGUGAUCGUAGAUCAUCCUGCCUGUCAAGUCCAUCGGUAGUACUUUUACCAGAAAAAAAUCCAGCUGAAGAAUCUGAUUGGGAUGUUGGUUUAGAGCAGUACCUAUCGAGCGGAACUAUUGAUACUGACGAGCUGGAAGCUGAAAUGAAACGUCAGAAAAGGAAAAAGAGUAAGAAGGACAAAAAACACAAGCGCAGCCGAAAAUCCAAAAAACGUAAGAAAAAGAGAGCUAAAUCUUUUUCGAGCAUUGAGUCAAUAUCGGAUAACGAAUUGGAUGAUGUUCUUGAUUCAACUGUCGCUCUAAGACACUAUACGCCACCUCCUAUAAAUGCUGCUUCAGUAAAAAGUCCUUCAGAUCCCACAUAUACCCCUGCAAAGCAACGCAGUCCACGAUCGACAGAUACACCUCCACCAGUUCGAUCUGGAAGCAGCAAUAGCUACUACUCGGAAUCAGCAAACCUUGUUACAGCUGCAGUCGUAAACUCGUCAACGACAAAUGUAAGCAACAUUGUUGGAUUGCAGGUAACUGUGGCCAAUCGGAUCAGCAGUUCGCGCCAUCGCACUCCAACUCGCUCUUCUGGUACCAAGAACCGAUUCCCCAGUGCUCAUUCCCCUCAUACACCACCACUUUAUGCAAACUCUGGCUCAGUUACGAACCGCGACGUACGUAGUGCUCGUUACGUUGUGAGUCCCAAAGACGACCAUCGUCAUCAUCAUCAUCACCACGGAAGGGAUAACUCGGGCAAUGCGGGAAGUAUUCACUACCAUCAGCGACAGUCUGUAUCCAUUAAUUCGGAAGGCCACAAAUACAAAGAAACUGAUCGUUACUAUCAUCACCAACCUUCCACACCUCCACAUAAAAAACGAAAAAUACACGAAGGGCGCACAUCGACUUCAUAUUAUGACCAAAGCCAUCACAAGACAAGUAAUUCCCGCAGUAAGCGAACAAACGAAUAUGAAAGAUACAGUCGGCGUUACACAAGAAGUCCAAGUUUGUCAGUUGUUAAGUCCAGAUCGUCUCCGGUGCAAUCUUCUACGUACCGUGGAAACUCCUAUAAGUACAAAUACCCAACAUCCCCGUCACCUGUGCGUUCUAAAUCAUCGAAGCGUGGGGAGCGCUAUACUUCACGUUCACGUUCCCCUAAACCUUCCAGAUAUGCUGAAUCUCCUGUAACUUCCCCUGCUAGUGGACCCCAUAACUAUUACCGGUCUCGUCGCUCUUCAUCGCGAUACCGCAGAUCUCGGUCAAGUCAUUCUCCGGCAAGUUUAUCGAGAAGCCGAUCCCGAUCAAAAUCACCACCCAGUACACCGCGUGAUUUGAAGCAGAAACGUAUAGAUUAUAGUAAAAAAAUAAGCGAAACUAGUCUUUUUGCUGAGUUGGUGAAAGACAAACAUAAGCGUCAAAAGGCUCUUCAGGAAAUAAUUGAAAAACAAGAAGAAAACAGUAACAGUAAUGGCACUCUUGUAAUUAAUGACAAUAGUUCAUCCAUGGACAGUAAUUUAACAAAAUCAUUAAUUAACGAAGCAUCAGGAGUAGAUGAUUGUUCUACAUUGAACGCGAUAAUUGGGCCAGUUCAGAAUGUGGGUGCAAGUUUGCCAAGCAAUGGAGUGAAAAAGGCUGCAGUUGACAUAAAUAACAUUCCAAUGCCACUAUUAAACAGUCCCAAUGGCGCCGAUGAAACUGAUAGAACGUUAAUUCAACCAAAGGAACUAGAAAUAGCCACAAAAAUUAACAAACCCAAAAGUCUAACUGCACUACCGAUGCCACCAGGAAUGACGGCGGCGGAUUUGGCCAUAGCUUCGACUCCAUCACCGCCCCAUAAUCAGCAAACUCCAUCGAUAAAACCUCCGCCGGUAUCGAGAAAACCCACAUCCACUCCUACGAAUAUUUUAACUACCAAUAAAAGUUUGCUUAAUUUGCCAAUGCCGCCGAUGGUACCAGGAGGGGAAGAUCUCAGCGGUGAUGACGAACUUAUAAACAGCCCUGAAGAUUUUGAUAAUGUUUCUAACAGCACAAGCAUCCAGGUAGGAAAGUUAGAAAAAGCAGCAAAAAGUACGAAUGACGCAAAACGUAAGCGUCCCAUUAUCCUUAAUCGGAGAGACUCCAGAAACAAUGUUCGCGAUUGGGGCGAACGUUGUGUAGAUGUUUUCGAAAUGAUUGCCCAAAUUGGAGAAGGUACAUAUGGCCAAGUCUACAAAGCCCGCGACCAUCAUACAAAUGAAAUGGUUGCUCUUAAGAAAGUUCGUAUGGACCACGAAAAGGAAGGUUUUCCCAUAACUGCUGUACGCGAAAUAAAAAUUCUUCGACAGUUGAAUCACCCCAAAAUAGUGAACUUGCACGAAGUUGUAACCGAUAAACAGGAUGCACUGGAAUUUCGCAAAGAUAAGGGUUCUUUCUAUUUGGUAUUUGAGUACAUGGACCACGACUUGAUGGGUUUAUUAGAGUCUGGAAUGGUUGAGUUUAAUGAUGAAAAUAAUGCUAGUAUCAUGAAGCAGCUGCUGGACGGUCUUAACUACUGCCACAAAAAAAACUUUCUGCAUCGUGACAUAAAGUGUUCCAACAUAUUAAUGAACAAUAAGGGUCAGGUGAAACUUGCAGAUUUUGGUUUGUCACGAUUGUACAACGCAGAAGAUCGCGAUCGACCUUAUACCAAUAAGGUUAUUACUCUAUGGUACCGUCCUCCUGAACUUUUACUUGGUGAGGAGCGUUACGGCCCAGCUAUCGAUGUGUGGUCUUGUGGAUGUAUCCUGGGUGAAUUGUUCCUCAAAAGACCACUUUUCCAAGGCAACUACGAAAUGGCGCUGUUAGAAAAUAUUUCCAAAGUUUGUGGAUCUCCUGUUCCUGCUGUUUGGCCCAAUGUCAUAAAAUUGCCCCUUUUUCAUACAUUGAGACAAAAGAGAACCUAUAGAAGACGAUUAAGGGAAGAUUUUGAAUUCAUGCCCGCCCCAGCUCUGGAUUUGCUAGAUAGAAUGCUAGAACUGGAUCCCGAAAAACGCGUGACAGCGGAGGAUGCCCUCAAAUCUCAAUGGUUAAAGAAUGUGAAGCCUGAAGAGAUGCCUGUUCCAACUUUGCCUACAUGGCAAGACUGUCACGAGAUGUGGACAAAAAAACGCAGAAAGCAACACCAGCAGCAGCAGCAACAACAACAACAACACCAAACUGGAUUACACCCUCCUACUGUAGCGGAUGCUUAGCAGCAUGAUCAUUUUAUUAAUACUGAACUUAUAGCAAGUUCUCCGAUCUGAUUUUUUGGACGAGAGGGCUAAAGGUACAAUUUCUAAUAUGGCGAUAGACGCGUUCUGCAAUUACUCUGUACAUUAAACUAAUUAAAAACCAUGUAGCUUUUAGAUGGAACAUAGUUUUCCUUAUAUUGAUUAACAUUGAGUGUAUUAUUGGCAAGUUAAUCCGAAUUUUCUUUUGAAUAAAUCAUUCGGAUAGACGUUUGAAAAACAACUUUUCUAUUGAAACAAAGCAAUAGCAUCCAGAAUAGAGAUCAAAUUGGGCUUUCCUUAUCUCCACUGUCACUGGCUUAUAUCUGGUUCAAAUAGCUACAACCAUUCCGAUACUCAAUUGUCGUAUUUGUUUUGUUGCUAUUGCUAUUGCUCUUUUCAUAAAUGUUGCAAAUAUCUGAAAACACUUUCUUAACUUAAUUUGCCAUCGUUUCAAUAAUCUUUCUGAUAGACUAAAAGAGUUAUUCGACUUUGUAAUUAGUAGAGUUUCUUCACUUUAAUUUAUUAAAAAUGGGCAUUCAUAAUUGCCACGAAAAUUUAAUUAAUGUAAUUUUAAUUUGCUCUUUUAUCAGCCUAAAAUACAAAAUAUUUUGUAUAUGUAUGUAUUUACAGCCUUUUCUAAUCUAAUCAACAAAUAAUUAUAAAGUAUCAUCUUCCCAAAAUUUGUCAUUAUUCAUUACUACAACCACCUGCGUUUUCAAGGCAUGCUGCUAAAAACUUGAACUGAGAUUUCACAUCCAAAGAGAGGUAGUGCGUUACAUUGUAACAAGGUCGUGGGUUAUAUCGCAAUUGUUUGGGUUGUAUAGUUUAACUCGCAAAAGCAGGUCCCGUUUGCAAGUAAUGAUUUCAAAAACUAAAUUUUGAUACCUGGUUAAUGUCUCUAUAAAAAUUAUUCUUACCUCAGAAUAUUGUUUCUAGAGAAUGUAUUAACAAAAUUGGCAUUUUUAUCGCUAUUGUUAAGUUUGCUUCACAAUAUAAAGAAAAAAUAAAAAUUAUCAUCGAUAUUAUUAAUGAGAAAACAGAAAGUCCCCUGAAUAUUUCAUUGAUAUAGAUAUGUAUUGCAGCAAAUGUUUUGCAACAUGCAACUUGUAUACCCAUCAUUUAUCCAUGUAAUAGAACCACUAUAGAAUAGUUUACAUAUAAGAUUUAGAUAAUUUUUACGACAAAUUGUCACAUUAUAAUAUUAAAUCCGUUUCAUUCUAAAUGAAAUAAGAUGAUUUCCGUACAGACCCUAUCAAAGAAGCCGUCAUGUAAUUAAUGUAUUAUUUAAUAAAUAUAUCGACAUUGUAACUAUUAAAGAGCUAAACUAAAUUCUAAGCAAUUAAUGUAUGAAUUAUGUGUACUAGCCAACAAAGAUAUGUUUAUAUAAUUGCUGCAUUAUAUAUGGCGCUGUGUAUUGGGUGAGACUAAAGACUAAAUACUAUCGAUAUAUCGCUUAUAAAUACACAAUAAUAAAUCAUGGUUCGAUUAAA